AUGGCCACGACGGCAUCACAACAGUCUCCGUCGCUGGUGCGCAGUCACUCGACCUCCCGCAACCCUCCCUCUUCAUAUGCUGCCACUUCGCCCUCACAGCCAUUAAGGACGCGUUCUACGAACGCGAGACCCUCAAAUCAUACCCGCUCUGGAUCCAGAACCCAUGAAAACCCUCCUCAGUCCAAUCCUACCGCCCUUGCGAAUGUCGCUCGCAGAGAUUUCGAACAAUCAAAUGUCGCUCGUACGACUUCCUCGCGUCGCAGCACGUCUCGGGACGGGCGAGGUGAAUAUCAUUCAGAGCCUUCUGCUCACGGGCGAUCCUCCUCCCGACCUGGAUCUCGACGGAACAGUCAAGAUCUCACCGCAGCUACAACAGUAGUUGCCAACGGGACAACUUCGCAACCUCCGCCCAGUACAACCUCAAGGACUGAGACGCACUCCUCGCAAACCUAUCCCACAAUCGGUCGAAGACGGACAUCUAUUACGUGCCAGACAGGGACUUGGUCACUAGGGAAAACCAUUGGUCAAGGCAGCAUGGGGAAGGUGAAGCUGGCAAAGAACAUCGAGAGUGGAGAACAAGCAGCUAUCAAAAUCGUCCCGCGACAAUCAGCCGACGAGCAGGGGAAUCCGAAGGAUGAGCGCGCAGAUCGUUCAAAAGAAAUCCGAACAGCCAGAGAGGCUGCCAUGGUGUCAUUGCUAUGUCACCCUUACAUUUGUGGAAUGAUCGAUGUUCAGAGGACCAACUAUCACUGGUACAUGCUUUUUGAGUACGUGAAUGGGGGGCAGAUGCUAGACUACAUUAUCGCCCACGGCAGGCUGAAAGAGAAGCAAGCGCGGAAAUUUGCUCGUCAGAUUGCAAGCGCCCUGGACUACUGCCAUCGAAACAGCAUCGUUCAUCGGGAUCUCAAGAUCGAGAAUAUUCUUAUCAGCAAGACCGGGGAUAUCAAGAUCAUCGACUUUGGCCUUAGCAACCUUUAUUCACCUCGAUCGCUUCUGAAAACAUUUUGCGGGAGUUUGUAUUUUGCGGCGCCGGAAUUAUUGCAAGCUCGUCAGUACACUGGCCCUGAGGUUGAUGUAUGGAGUUUUGGGAUUGUUCUUUACGUUCUCGUAUGUGGUAAAGUUCCAUUUGACGACCAAAGCAUGCCUCAGUUGCAUGCGAAAAUCAAAAGAGGUGUUGUUGACUACCCUCAAUGGCUGACAGCUGAAUGCAAGAAUAUCAUUUCACGCAUGCUCGUGGUUGAUCCACGAGAUCGAGCAAGUCUCCAGGAAAUAAUGAACCACCCGUGGAUGACUAAAGGUUUCAACGGCCCACCGGACAAUUAUCUUCCACAUAGGGAGCCUCUUCAGUUACCGCUCGAUCUAGAAGUCAUUGACAAAAUGCAAGGCUUUGAUUUUGGUUCUGCGGCAUAUAUUACCGAGCAGCUCACUCGGAUCCUCGAAUCAGAGGACUACCAGAGUACUGUGCGCAGAAGCGCCAAGGAAGACUACAGCCACGCCUCGAGCAGUGGAGAGAAGAAGCGUGGAGUGUUCGACUUCUACAAACGACGAAAUUCUAUCAGUCGGGAAGGUCUCUCGGCACCAUCUUCUGAGGCUAUUCGAGGACAAGACCCUAUCAAUGCUUACAGUCCACUUAUUUCAAUAUAUUACCUCGCACGGGAGAAGCGUGACCGAGAGCGACAACAACAAAAUCCCGGUGCGCUAGCCAUGCCCAUGACGGAAAAAGAGGCGCCUCUCAAACUCCCUGCGCUGCCUACACCGGAGGCUGCACACACAAACACGUUUGCCCCAGAAAUGCCAGGAGAGAAAGCCACAGGUGGCCGGGCGCGACCCCGUGCUCGAACAAACGGAGAAGAUGAUGUGGCGCAUAGUACGAAGACACUUGAAGCCCCUGAGCGAAAGCCUGCUCCCAGUGCAGUCUCCCCGACUGCCAUUCCUCAGCCUGAUCAGCCUGUAAAGCGCGAGGGCACCGCCCUAGGUCUUUUGCGAAGGUUUAGUACUAGACGCUACAGAGACCGAGAUAUGGAACGGCCCCAACCCCCUCCCGCUCUGAAUAUUCAACCUCCGGCUGAUUCAGUAACACCUCCGCGGAAGUCCUUCUCUGUUCGACGCUCACGGAGACGAGACCCCAGUCCAACAACUCAUCAUCAGGGAGGCAGUCAACCUCAGCAUGAGGGUCUACUCAGUGCCAGUGGCGGAUUGUCCAGAGCCGGGAAAUUCCUAGGGAGAUCGACCAGUGUCAAUUCAGCCGAGUAUCGGCCACGACGCGUUCUGCACAGGGGAACGUCGGGUAACGAUUCUCCGAUGCUUGCGCCUGAGCCACCGCCCACCAGCGGCUCUGAUCAAUCAAGUGUGAACGCCGGCCGGGCUGGCAAAGGCGUGGAGCUUACAGACAAGCCCGCUCCCAACGCCAGCCCCAUGACGACGCCACGUACUCCUACUACUACACGGACCAAAUCUCUGGGACAUGCACGUCAGGAGAGCAUUCAAGCCCGGCGACGCCGUCAUGAAGAGCGACGAGCAGAGGCCAAUGUGCCCGAGGAGACGGAUGCUGAAAUGCGAGAUGAGGUCGACGCACUCGAUACACCUGCGAUUCCCGAUACCCCCGGAACAGAAAUUUCCAAGCCGGCCAGUCUCAAAGGGUUGUUCUCGACGUCGACGACCAGCAGCAAGCCACCCGAGUUUAUCAGGCACGACAUUAUUCGCGUUUUGAAUCAGCUUGGAGUGCAAUAUACCGUGAUCAAGGGCGGCUUUUCUUGCAGACACGCGCCCAGCAUUAACCUCGAAGGAGUCAAGGAACACGUGGCUGGGCUCGAUGAAGACCGGAGUGGACGCGUGACAACCGGACAUCAACGACGGAUUUCAUUUGGCGGAGCGUUCCGGGGCAAAGAGAGAGAAGAGAUUAGGGACGACAGGUUAAGCCGACAUCAUACGAGAAGGCGACAACCAGACCAGAGUUUUGUCACCAACUCCGAAGGGUCGGAUGAAUAUUUGCAACAGAAUCGAGGCCCCGAUACUCACGACGGGGCUGCGACAAGGACCCGGGUACAAGAGGACAGUGGUGAGCGAUUGGUGCUCAAAUUUGAGAUUGCGAUUGUCAAGAUCCCUCUUCUUUCACUUCAUGGCAUUCAGUUCAAGAAGGUGCAAGGGGGAAUGAAUCAAUACCGGUCAAUGACCUCGGCGAUUCUCAACGCAUUGAGAUUGUGA